UUAUAAUUAUUUCCACCAAAAUAACCAUUUGAUAGCCACCGACAAUGUUUAUGUGUCUGAAUCACCUACCCGCGUAAGCUUUUCUUUUUUGUAUUCAUAGAACUCGAGUCGCUGUCUUCUGAUGUGUCCCUAGUUUCCAAAGGCAAAAAGCUCAAUCAACACAAAAAUAAACCAUAAAAUCUUUGACAUUACCUAAACUAACGGGUUGGCGCUAGUACGCAAGCUCCGUCGCUUAUGAUUCUCAUCACAAUCCUCUUUUUUUUUUCUUUUCUAAGAGCGCGUGCAACAUCGUGUACCCGAACUCGACUGCUUUCAUGAAUUUGUCAUCUCUAAGAAACUCGAGUGAUUAUUAUCACAUGCUUAUCUUCCGUGCGGGCAUCUAGCACUCAAGUUUCUAGACCGACCCUAACUCGGACUAACGAUCUGAUAUGGUGAACCUCCGAAUGCCUAUUCUACUUCCCAAGUUCCCUUCAUAACUCUAUCCUCCGGCGCUUGGAAUCGAUUGUAGUCAUUGACAAUAACUUAUUGAAUCCAUCAUUUGGGCUCAAAUCAUAAAUUAAAGUUUGCCUCUCAGGUUCCCUUCUUGACCAUAUCCUCCGGCUGAAAUCUCAGUCUUUGGAAAAAAAAACAAUUAUCUAUAAAUGUAGCUAGAUAUAUAUUAGAUAAUAGGAAGAAAAGGAAAGACUAAAGAGCCCCACACAAAGAUGAUCGGUGGAGACUGCGGUGGAGCCCGCCGCCGGGCGAGACACAGACAAAGGAUAUAAGAAAUCCGGCGACCAGAUCCCGCGGCGGGGCGAGUCGGCAAAAACUACGCAGUUAUCCAACCAACGGAUGACAGCCCCAAAACCGCUUGACACAAAACGACGGCGUACGCCAUUGGUUCAUUCAUUCCCCACGCAACAACGUUGUAUAAUUUACCAAGUGAAGUAAAAAAAAAAAAAACAUUUAGAACAAGCAAGUUAAAAUUGUUGUCUUCUUUGAUACAUAGAUAAAUUAAGAGAUAAAGCACAGGCAGAAACAAACAAAUCAAAGGCUAUUGAAGUUUGAAGAAAAUAAAAAUACUCCCAUAGAAAGAGCCCAUUGUAUUAUUCUCCAUAUAUGUACAUUACUAGAUUUUCAUUUCCCAUAGUUGGACUUUGGAUGGGUACGUUGUAACAAGAUUGCCUUCAAUUGAUACCCAUCACUUGCUUUUGUCAUAAAUUACUCGGUAAGUUGUUGGGAAAAAGUUAUUAUGGAUCUUAUACCACGCUAUUACACAAUCUCUCAAACGAAAGCCAAUUCACGUGCUUGAAAUUUGCAUAGACCCACCAUACCUUGUGCUUUAAUCAAAUGUUAAUAUUGGGGGUCGUGGAGAUUCGAACACACGACCAUUUGACCAAACCAUCUAUGAUAUCAUGUGAUAAACGAGUUGGUCCCAAUAACUCGAGUUGUUGGGAGAAGGUUAUUAUAGAUCUUAUACCACACUCUGACAGCUUCCACACACAUUUUCUUUCUUACCAAAUCAUAAUCUCUUUUAUUCCUUUAUAAGAAAAUUUCGUAGACUGUUACAAAGUAUCUAUCACUGAGUUCCCGACAUAAUUGUAAGAAUGUCGUCGACAUAUAGCUUGGGUUCAAAUCGAAACCUCGCGCAGGAGUUUAAAAUGAAUUUAUCACCGAUUCGUCGAUUCUUUUUGUUCAAACAACUUUGCUUGCGGAGAAGAUUACUAGUGUAAUGAAUACAUACCAAAUAUACUUGUAUUUUGAGCCUUGAAGCACAAUAAUGUAACUCUCGAGUAUUCAGGUUGAGAUUUUUUGUCCUUUAAAUAUACACCGUUUACAUAAUUGCACGACAAACGCAUUUCUUCGUUACUCAUCAAUGUCAAUCCAUUGGUUAGGUUAACCCAUGAUCACUUAGCAGGCCAACAAAUUAAAGAUUGGUCAAGUCAAAAUUUUCCUCCCCCCUUUGUCUGCUCUAUAACUUGCUUAGCACACAGCUUAUCAGAGCAAAUUCUUCUUGCUAGCUUGCUUUCAAGAAUGGAGACUAGAGAGACCCCUCAAGAAAGUCAAUCACACUCAAGUCAACAUAAUCAGCUAUAUUUUAUUCCCACCUAAAGAAUAGAAUUAGUCUUCAAGAAAAAUUAACAAAAUGCAAAAUUCUCAUUUUAGUUUCCUGUUAAGAUUGUUAUAAUGAUUUUGGUAUAACUUGUUUUUUUGUUGUCCUGUUGAUUCAAUUUGGUAGUUUGGCUUUUUGGUAUUUUUUUAAACAAACAACAACAAAAAACAAUUCCUUUUCUUGCACAUCAAGGGCACAUGCCACGUCGUUGAAUUUGACUAUUAUACUUAUGUAAUCGGAUUAGACAUAUUUACGAUAUGUUAUUGUUGAAUGAAUACCAUACUAAUUAUGUAGACCUAUACAUUUCAGGGCGUAAACGAUAAGAUAUUAAAUUCAAUACUGCAAUCGCGUACUUAUAAUUAAAGUCUUUAAACCUUCUCAACUGGUUAAUUGUACAUGCUAGGGCUUUCUCUAAUUGAAAAAAAAUUGUUACCAUAUGUGAAGAAUUUUUCCCGGAAACAAAACAUAAAUUUUUUCCCAAGAGAGAUAAGCAGAAGAAGGCUGUAAUUAAUAUUCCUCCUAUUUUGAUCUUGUGUAAGAUAGACAGAUAGAUUUUACACAAUAUCUUAUCUCCCAAAAACCCACCAACAAAAGAGAAAGAAAAUUUCGCAUAAUUCUUUGGUUUGUCCUUUCUAUCUCUUUCUUACACUUUCUCUCUCAAUCUGUUUUUUCUUUGAUUUGCUUUUCCUACCGGAAAAAAGGUUCUUUCUCUCCUGACAACCAAACGGAAACCGAACCCCAAAAAUAAACCCCUCACGUUUUUACUCAUCAGACAGAUAGCCUCCCCAUUUGAUUCUGUCCGCCAUUGUUGCACCAAAAAAAAAAAAAAACUCCGAGCUCCUUCUUACCCAAUCCGAAGAGGGUUCGGGUGGGAGGGUUGUGAAAUUUUUAUUUUUGUUGAUUACCCUGAAUGAAUUUCGACUAUUGGAUUUCUGGGUAGUAGAGAAAUCUAGUAGAGGAAUUAAGGGACAAUCGUAACUUUUUUUUUUUUUUUUUGUGGGAUUGGGAUUGAUCGGUGGUGGGUUUUUUUCAAGUCGGACGAUGAAACCGGGGACGGUGGAUUACUGGAGGGACUAUUUCCGAGCAGCGAAUUCAGACAUCUUCGAGAUAAUCGACCAUGCUAUCAUGGUGGCGGCCGCCGAUUGCCCCAAGGAGUUCCGGCAGCGGAGGGAUCGAAUAGCUGAGCGAUUGUUCUCCUGCCGAUUGGCCCAAUGCUCCGGCUGCAACCGCGUGGAGCUGGCGGUGCCGCCGCCGGAAGGUGACCAAGUAAUCCCCAAUAAGAUUAGGGAAGACGGUGGCGGCGGCAGCGACGGGAACGCGGUCGAGGAGGAAGAUGAUGACGAAGAGAUUGACAUAUUGGGCGACUUCGAUGAAGAAGAAGAAGGCGGUGGGAGUAAUAAAGAGAGUAAAGUCAAUAGUAGUACUGAUAACGGAGAUCAGCUGGUGAGUAAUUACAGCUAUGGCGAAGCUGAAGCCUUAACGGAUGAGAUUGAAGAACAGUCUCAGGUGUUUGCUGAAGUUCAAAGGAUCAAAUCUCUUCUUCUGAAUCACCGCGACGAGGCUGAAUCAACGUUGUUUGAUUCACUGAGGAGGCUUCAAUUGAUGGCUUUAUCUGUAGAUACUCUUAAGGCUACUGAGAUUGGGAAGGCUGUGAAUUCUCUGAGGAAGCACGGAUCGAAGGACAUUCGUCAGCUGGCGCGAACUCUUAUAGAUUUGUGGAAAGACCUGGUGGAUGAGUGGUACAGUGCUUCAAAGACUAUUGGAACUACUACUAUAAGGAAUGAAGGUGGAACUCCUGACUCGAUGAAUCCGUCUGUUGUUGAUGAAGAAGAAGGACUCCCUUCUCCUCCUAUGGACGAAGGGAUCUUCUUCGCGACUCAAGCUACUGGGAUGGAGCUUGGACAAUUUUUCGAUGGAAUGGAUGAUGAUGGAAAUCCUCGGGAAAUGAACAAGAACCGUGGGAAUGGAAGAAGACCACCAUCACAUGAUCCCAGGAGCAUGCCAAAGCCAAGGCCAACGAGUAAUGCUCUAAAUAGCCAAGAAGCAGCAGCCACAUUGAAGCAGAACAAGCCCUCAAGCAAUAAUUCCGGCCCAGGAAGACCUCCAAGGCAGAACCUUGAGCCAAAGUUGAAUACUAAUAAUUCGGUGACAUUGCAGAGGAAAACUGAUAAGAUUGUUACUAGCCAGAGGAAGCCAUCAAGUGGCCAACAACAGCAACAAACCAGAUUGAAGUGCUCGGAUGAAGUUUCAGUCCAGAUGAAGCUGGAAGCCACAAAGAGGAAACUUCAGGAGAGCUACCAACAAGUUGAGAAUGCCAAGAGACAGCGGACGAUACAGGUGAUGGAGUUACACGAUCUCCCGAAGCAAGGGGGGAUGGCAGGCAAUCGAAAUCCGAACAUGAGACAUGGUGGGAAUGGCAACCGGAAUUGGGCUAAUGGACGUCGUUGAGUUUUAACUCAAAUCACACUGUGUGAUAUAUACUACAUUCCUUUCUAACUUCUCUCCGAACCCGGAAAACUUGAAGAGGAGAAGAACACCAAUAACUCGAAUCGUGCAUCAACAAAUAAGAGUACAUUCUUGAGGUUGUUGGUUUCCGAAAGAAAUGGAGCUCGCGAGCUGCAUCGGAUCUCCUCGUCUCUAAACAGUCCUGUCCUGUGUAUGUUAUUCAGAUUCUGGAGAGGAGCUGCCUGCCUACAUCCACAAACCUUCAAUCAACAAGGGCAAAAGUGACAGAAAGAAACAAUCUUUUCACUUUUCUUUUGGAGGCUCUUUUGUUGUUUAACCCGAUCUUUCGUAGCUCACACAAAGUUGACAGAAACCAUUGGGAGAACAAGUGUAGAUGAUGUAUUUGAAGUUGCACAGAGGGAAGAUCCCUCUUGUGAUUCAUGUCUUAUUGACCACCAAAUUCAAUUGAGGUGAAUUGCUUGCUGUUGAUAGUUACUAUCAGCAUUUGGCAAUUGUUUGAGAUGCAUCUUCAUCUCAUUAUUAGGGCUGAGUUGGAUCUCAUUUGAUAGACUGGUAAGUGGUAACUAAUAAAAUUGACAGGGAAAUCUUUGAUAAGGAUUGAUGGACUUUGUUGUAUGAUGUGCUAUUAUUGUUCAUGGUACACUACUAUUUAAUCCUAGUCACUUUCAACUCUUCCAAGUGGCUCAAUUGCUGGUAUAGAUUGAUGUAUGCUUAAUGGUUGGUUGGUAAUGUCAGAAAGGAUUAGUGCUGGGUCGAUCAAGGGAUUAGUGAAGUGGGUUAAUGAGUGGUGUUAACUAAUAGCUGAAUUAAACUGAACUAGUAGUUGAUGUUUCAAUUAUGUCAGUAACCAACAAAUAAUUUGUGUAAGAAUUCUAUAUGGCGUUUCACUAACCACAAGAAAGAUUCAUUGGUGUUUAAACUUUAAAAGUUCGAAAAAAGUUGAUUUCUUGUAGACUACACUUUUGUGAAUUUGGUUUAUAUUUUGAUAUAUGGAUGAUCACUAACUGAACGUUAGUUCGAAAAUAAACAUCAUUAAUAGAUUUAUAUGUUUCAAUUUGAUGAUUAUCGUCUAACAUAUAUAGUGAAACUAACUUACAUUCAUGUGUAUUUAUUAUACGAAAUCGAUACGUAGAUCAUACUUCAUCUCAAUAAUAAAGGAGAAAAAAAGAACAACUAUAAGAAUUUGAAUAGAAGGACUAAACAAGUAAUUUCAUGAUUGCUUGAUUACUAAUUUUUUUUAUGUAUGCCUUUGAAGCAAGAAAAUAGGAUUUUGAUUUCAAUUAGUUCCUGCCCAUGUCAUCAUAUUUAUCCAAAUUAGCAAUAGACAUAAUGAAAAUUGGAUAAAUAUUUUCCUAUAAAUUAUGAGGUCAUCCCUACUUCACAAGGAAAGCGAGUUGGUAUGCAUCAUUCACACCAGCUGCAAAAAGAAAAAGGGAAAAAAUAAGAGAAGAGAUAUAUACAAAAGGCCACUCUAAAUUAAAAUUAUGGUACUUUUCAUUUGGUAAAAUUAGAUAAUUUAUUUUGAGGAAAACAAUAGAAACCAAACAAGAAAACAUGAUGGGCCAUUUUCUUUUGUCCACCAUGUGUGUAGAAAAUGAUGGAUUGUAUUUGUAAAACAUGACUCACACGAAGCAAUAAAAGAUGUGGAGGAGAGGAGAAGAAGAGGGCUUUCAUUUACUCAUCCACAACAAGCAAACAAAAUCAUUCUUCAUUG